AUGGACUCGUACCUGAUCCAGGUGAAGGGAAAGGCCUCCCUCCGGGACGUCCACUUUAGCCUCCAUGGGAAGGGCCUGUCUCCAGGCCCAGGGAAAGGCCGCAAGCCCCACUGGGCAGUCCGGGCUUCUGAUAUGUCCAAGAGGACCUUCAACCCCAUCCGCGCCAUUGUGGACAGCAUGCAAGUGACCCCCAAUCCUGAGAAGCCCCUCAUCUCUCUGUCCAUAGGGGACCCAACGGUGUUUGGCAACCUCCCUUCCGACGAGGAAGUUGUGCGGGCUGUGAAGGAUGCCCUGGAGACGGGGGACUACAACGGCUACGCCCCUUCUGUCGGUUAUCAGUCUUGCCGGGAGGCGGUUGCAAAGUAUUACACCUGCCCAGAAGCACCUCUGGAAGCUCAGGACGUCCUUCUGACCAGCGGCUGCAGCCAGGCCAUUGAGCUGGCCCUGGAGGUGCUCGCCAACCCCGGGCAGAACAUCCUGGUGCCGCGCCCUGGCUUCUCCCUCUACAAGACCCUGGCUCUUUCCAUGGGCAUUGAGGUGAAAUUCUACGACCUCUUGCCGGAGAAGUCUUGGGAGGCUGACCUGAAGCAGAUGGAGUCCCUGGUGGAUGCCAAGACGGCGUGCCUGAUUGUGAACAAUCCCUCCAACCCUUGUGGCUCUGUCUUCAGCAGAAGCCACCUCCAGAAGAUUGUGGCAGUGGCCUCCAGGCAGUGUGUCCCCAUCUUGGCUGAUGAGAUCUAUGCAGAGAUGGUGUUUGAGGACUGCAAAUACGAGGCCCUUGCAAACGUCAGCCCCAAUGUGCCCGUCCUUUCCUGCGGAGGCCUGGCCAAGCGCUGGCUGGUGCCAGGCUGGAGGAUGGGCUGGAUCCUCAUCCACGACCGCAGAGACAUCUUUGGGAAGGAGAUCCGAGACGGGCUGCUCAGGCUGAGCCAAAGGAUCCUGGGGCCCUGCACCGUUGUCCAGGGGGCGCUCAGAGGCAUUCUCCACCGGACAUCCCCGGAGUUCUAUCACAACACCCUCAGCUUCCUCAAGUCCAACGCUGACCUCUGCUAUGCUGCCCUGUCCGCUGUGUGUGGCCUGAGCCCCGUCCAGCCCUCGGGGGCCAUGUAUCUCAUGGUUGGGAUCCAGAUGGACCAUUUCCCAGAGUUUGAGAACGACGUGGAGUUCACGGAGCGUCUGAUUGCUGAGCAGUCCGUCUUCUGCCUGCCUGCAACGUGCUUUGAGUAUCCCAAUUUCUUCCGUGUGGUGCUCACCGUUCCGGCAGACAUGAUGGCGGAGGCUUGCCAACGCAUCCGGCAGUUUUGUGAGCAGCAUUACCAGAGCGGAGAGGGGGCCCAGGAGCUGGAAUGUGACAAGUAGCCGUGGGCAACUCCUCCAGUCCACCGGCAGUCGAGGCAUCCCGCCCAGGGGGCUGUGCCACGGCAGCCUCUGCCCCACGCCCGCCUGGCCCCCUCGAUCCAGCAGCAGCUCCAGGGGACCUGUGGGGGGGCAUCCAGGCAGAG